AUGGCGUUUCGUAGACGAGAGAACCAAGCUGGGAGCCCAGCCAGCGAACUGAGCCACGGAUCGACAGCGACGAACAGCUCCGGCGAAGGACUGGAACCUAGAUUGAAGGACCUGGAAAAGCAGAUUGCACACAAAAGACCACAUCACCAUAGACGCAUCUCAGAUGUGGCUCCAGAAGGCACAGAUAAGGAAAUCACACUUAAGGAGCGAUUGAGACAUUUCACAUGGGCCUGGUUUACACUUACGAUGUCCACAGGAGGUUUUGCGACUCUCCUCUCGGUUCAACCACACAAAUUCACCGGACUCAUGACCAUUGGAACGAUAGUCUAUAUCUUCGACCUCGUACUGUUUGUGAUACUCUGCGGCGCCAUCACGGCUCGAUUUAUCAUGUAUCCUGGAUCAUUCCAUAAGUCUCUCAAGCAUCCCUCAGAGGCCCUCUUUUUCCCUACCUUCUGGCUCUCGUUACCGACCAUCAUUGGAGGUAUGAACAACUAUGGUGUAGGCAACGUUGGUCCGUGGCUAAUCACGGUCCUUCGUGUCUUGUUCUGGAUCUAUUUUGCAUGCACUUUUUUGGUCGCAAUCUUCCAGUAUUGGUACCUCUUCAUGGCGAAGCAAUUGCUGGUCAAAUCCAUGGCACCCUCCUGGAUCCUUCCUAUUUUCCCUGUUAUGCUAUCUGGAACACUCGCAAACAUCAUCGCUAGCAACCAGCCACCAGAGUCAAGACUACCCAUCAUCGUCGCAGGUGUGGCAAGUCAAGGAUUGGGCUGGACGGUCGCAGUCAUGCUCUACGCGGUCAUGAUUGUUAGACUAAUGGAAUACGGGCUCCCGCCGCCAAACGCACGACCUGGCAUGUUCAUUUGCGUCGGUCCUCCUGGCUUUACAAUCUUGUCUUUGAUCGGUAUGUCCAAAGCACUACCCGGAAAUUAUGGAUAUUUCGCCACCAAUCCUAUGGCAAUCCCAGCACUGAAGGCCAUGGCACUGUUCGUAUCAAUCUUCAUUUACAUGAUCGCAGUAUGGUGGUUUUUCAUCGCAAUCAUCUCUGUACUGUACGGGAUCAAGAAAAUGUCAUUUUCUUUGGUGAACUGGGCCUUAGUAUUCCCCAACGUCGGUCUAACAAUUGCGACUAUCAACAUCGGUCAGCAGUUGGAGAGUCAAGGUAUUCAGUGGGUUGGAAGUAUAAUGAGUAUCCUGGUGUUCAUCAUCUGGCUCUUCAACAUUUUUGCGCACGCCAGGGCGGUUUUGACCAAACGUAUGAUGAUGCCUGGCCAGGACGAAGAUCAGGGCGAGGAAGAGGAGACCUGA